GAGAGGCGGGAGGCGGAGCACAAGGCCUACAUGACGAAGCUCAAGGUCGAGGCGAGCAACCGGGCCGUGCUCGCCCGGCAGCAGCAGAAGCAGGUCGACCAGCGGGAGCAGCGCAUCCAGGUGCGCGAGGAGGCUCGGGCGCGGCGCGCCCGCGAGACGCAGUUCCUCACCACCGUGCGCGGCAUGGCGAAGGACCUCGACGGCGGCGCCCUGGAGGACGCGCCGGCGAGCCCGAAGCCCGCGCUGGCCGCGCUCGGCGACUCGGCGGGGCCCCUGGCCAGCAGGGCCCUCCUGAGCCCGGAGAGCCCGCUGGCGAAGUCCAUGACGCGGGACGGGUCCGAGCUGAUGGACUUCCACAGGACCUACGAGCAGCAGGACGCCCGGGGGCCUGCGAAGUGCUCGCCAGGCGAAGCGGGAGGCGGAGGAGGAGAAGCGGGGGAAGCUGGCGCACCUGGCUUUCCGGGACCCAGCCGCCGUGGAGAGGCAGCGCAUCGCCAAGAUGCACGCCGAGCAGGAGCAGAAGAAGAGUGCCGUCGAGCAGGCGCAGCUCGCGCGCGAGCUGGCGGUGGAGGCGAAGGCUCGCGAGGAGAGGCCGAGCGCUCCCAGCGGCGGGAGGAGCUCUUCCAGAAGCUCGAGGCGGCGAGGCAGGAGCGCGAGCGGAGCGCAGAGGC